GCCCCCCGACCGCCAGUGCCGACGACGAAGCUAGCGAUUCCAUUCAUUCAUUCAUGCAUUUUGGGGAGCGUGAUUAAUAUGGAGCCCACCGUUUGACUGUGUGACAAAUUAAUCUAAAUCUGGGCCAUCAGUUUUUGGUGACAAUCACUCAUCAGUCGGCCAAACAACACCCAAGCCACAAGCCACCCAGCCCCGCCCCAAGAAAGAAAAAACGCGAAAAUCAAAAAACUGAGAGAAAAAAACCAAACCAACAAAGACCUCGCCUUGCCUCGCCAAAUUAGGCAACCUGCAAUCCACCUACGGACGGGUGUCGCGACUCGCGACCGGCCUGCUCUGCUCUGCUGUUUGUCGUGCCUGGGGUUAAUUAAUUUCAUUUUUUGCACAAUAAUCCGGCUGGCCUUUAAGCUGGCAGCGAUAUUCCGCGUUUGGGCAAACAGAAUCGAAUCUUAUCUACAAAUAAAAAGAAUAAUAAUGAGUUGCAUAUGCGGUAGAUACGGGAUGAGCAGCGUUCAGUAGCAGCGGCAGGGAUUAUUGUGGAACGAUAUAAACGCCAGCGCCAUGCUGAUAGACAACACAGCGGAUCACCCAAGACGACCAAGUGCCAAAAACGAGAUUCGAGCGUGAACGAAACGAGAGCAGAGAGCCCACAGCCACAGCCAGAGCCAAAGCGAGGAAUAGUGACGGGAAGAGCGACAGGAAAUUGCAUUUAAACUGCCAAUUCACUCCAAAGCACUCCAAGUCAUCCAUCAAGCCAUCAUCAAUCAUGGGUAACAAGAACUCGUGCUGUGCGUACUCCAGUCCGCAGUCGGAUCGCAAGUCCAAGGAUAUGCCGCCAGUGUUUGAGGAGCGCCAUCAGCUGAAUCAUCCGCCACACACCUCACAGCAUCAGCUGGAUGGACAUCAUGGCUCCACGGCGGCGGUGCAUCAUCAUCAUCAUCAUAAUCACCAUCAGCAGGGCAGCAGCGACAAUUUUGAGAAUCAACAGAAUCUGCAGCACAUCUCGGAACGGGAGCCAGUGGAGGGCGAUGAGGACCCAUCGGUGGAUCCAACGGCAGCCACCAUGUUUCUCGAACGCUCCAAGGUGGAGAAUGGCGGCAUGACGCGUAAACGCUCACAGCAGCAGAUCGCGCAGCAGGCGGGCAGCAUUGGCGGCGGUGGCAGCACACCCGGUGGCAAUAGCUGUGGCGGCGGUGGUGGCGUUGGCGGUGGCAUGAAGAAGAGCUCUUCCUGCUCCACCAUCUAUCUGGACGAUAGCACUGUGUCGCAGCCAAAUCUCAAGAACACCGUCAAGUGUGUCUCGCUGGCGAUUUACUAUCACAUCAAGAACCGUCAGUCGGAUCGCCGUCUGGACAUAUUCGAUGAGAAGGCGCAUCCACUGACGCAUGACCCAGUGCCCGAAAACUAUGAUACCCACAAUCCCGAGCACCGACAGAUCUACAAGUUUGUGCGGACGCUCUUCAAUGCCGCCCAACUGACGGCAGAGUGUGCAAUCAUCACGCUAGUCUACCUAGAGCGACUCCUCACCUAUGCGGAAAUGGAUGUGGGCCCAUCCAACUGGAAGCGCAUGGUGUUGGGUGCCAUAUUGCUCGCCUCCAAGGUGUGGGACGAUCAGGCUGUGUGGAAUGUGGACUACUGCCAGAUACUCAAAGACAUUACGGUGGAGGAUAUGAACGAGCUGGAGCGACAGUUCCUGGAGCUGCUGCAGUUCAACAUUAAUGUGCCCUCCUCUGUGUAUGCCAAAUACUAUUUCGAUUUGCGAACACUGGCCGAGGCAAAUGAGCUCAAUUUCCCCACAGAGCCGCUGUCCAAGGAGCGCGCCCAAAAGCUGGAGGCCAUGUCCCGUGUUAUGCAGGACAAAGUCACAGCCGAGGCGCUCAAGAAUGGCAUCAAGAAAUGGUCCUCCAUGGACAACAUCAGUCAGGGCGGUCCGCGUCGCAGCGUGGCCAUAUUAUCGUGAUUUAUAUUAGCUUACUAAAAACUAUAAAACGAAAACAACCAGAAGAGAUCUGUAUUCUGUAGAGUCUCCUCCGUAGUGUGUCCGAUUGAGCAGAAUUUCGUGUUCUUUUUUUUCAUACUUUCAUUUCGUUUGAAAUAGCACCCAGCAAAAAAGAAAACAAAAUAUAUAUAUGCAUAUAUAUAUAUAUGUAUACAUAAACAAACGUUUUAGCCACACGUCUCGAAUUAAGGACCACUUUUUAUAUAUACAUUCAGAGAGCAGUGUAUAUUCUUGUGUAAGCUACCGUGAAAAACAAAAAAAAAACUACCGAUUGCAGUCAAGGAUUUGGAUGAAUUUUAACAGAAUAAAUAUAUAACCGACUAGGGAAACUACAGCAAAACUUUGAGAAGCGCGUAACCAAUUGCCAAAACGAAAAAAGAAAUACACAGAAAACUAAACAAGAAAUAGAAAAUUCUUUAAAAAAACAAACAAACAAAAAAGGAAGCUUAAAUAUUGUAAUUCAGACAUCUCUCAAGAUUAGGGCGCUGAGAAAUUGUAAACUAUAUUUUUUUACUUGCAUUAUUUGCCUGUACAUUUGUUACGAAUUUAAUUUGUUUUUUUCCGCAUUUUGUGUGAUUUUUUAUUUAGAUUUCCAUUUAGAUUUAUGCGAUGCGAGAAUAUAUAGCUUCCCCCGAUCAGGCUUAAGGCACAAAUCGAUAUGUUUUUUAAUGGUUUAUAGCAUUAGAAAACAACAGCACAGCGCAAUAUUAAUCCAAAAAAGAUUUGUGAGUAAAUUUAUGUACUAGACUAGACAUUUAAGGAUACGAAUUAUAUGUUUAUUUUACGAUAAAGCUAAAUAAAAGCAAUCAAAGA